AUGAACGUCACCAUCACCGUCCCACCGGGAACCGUCAACCACGGUGACCCAAGGCUCAUCUGCACGCCUCCGAUCUGGACCGAUUUCGUCAUCUUCUACGCAACAAACUACUUCGUCCAUGCCCUCACUCUCCCCAGCCGGCCCGGCGAGUCCAUCCUCGAGACCUGCUUCACCGUCUUAACGGCUCUCUUCCUGCCAAGCACCGGUUCCCUGCGAGCCGCCCGCUGGCUGCUUUCCCACGCCGGCACAGUCAGGCGCGACGAGCUCAGUCGGGCCAUUAGGGCCGGCGCGCUUUGCAUGGUUGUUGACGAAACCGAAAGGUCCAAAGUCUCGUGGAUGGAAACUUCCUUGAGGCGAAUGAACUUUGAGAGGGCUCGAAGCUGGUACGAUAUUCCCACACCCCCUUGGUAUCGGUCUCGCUUUCGCGGCGCCGGUCGAUGGGUGCAUUCUUCCCGGACCAUUCACGGGACUUGCGUCCUACCCAAGGGAUUCAUCUUGGUUGAGGUACCCGUGGGUACGCCGUUGAUGCCGCCGCCGGGGUCGGGGGCUGCGCAUCUCGACCGCUCCAACAUCCAACUGGGUAGCACUUACAACAUCCCAAAGGCUUUGUUCGCUCUAGGGCAAGCCGCGUGGGGUGUGACGACCGUUUACCGCACGCAGGGCGACCAGCUACAGAGAUAUGGCUACGCGGCCUUUGGGGUGACCGUUGUCCCGUAUGCCUUCAUGUCUCUCGUCAACCUGAUAGCGCUCCUCGUCACCCCAGAGUACAACUGCAUCUACCUCGUGCACACCCCAGAUCUCGAUAGAGCGAAAAGGUUGGGUGGCAGGUUCUCUGGCAUGGUCGCCAGCGUCGACGUCGACAGUAUUAAGGAGCCAUUGAGGACGUUUUGGCCCUCUCAGGCAGCUCACGCCUCUUAUUUCGCCGUCACAACAGUACUACUCCUAAUUCCAGCCAUCCUAGUGGCAGGCGUGACCGGAUUUAGCCCGGGACAUAGUAACAUCUACCAGCAAGUAUGGAUCCUCAGUUGGCUCAUCUUUGGUAUCGUCAUGGGCCCAGUAAUCAGGAUGCUCACGGUAUUUCCCUCCGAGAUCCACGGCGUCUACAAGAUUCGUGCAAACGACGCGAUAGCGUACGCUCUUGAGAAUGCGACCUUUAUGCAGCGAGCGAUAGACUGGCUGGUUGCGAAGUAUUUCCGAAUAAUCGAGACCUCGUUCUAUCUUUAUGUCGUCAUCGGCGCAGCGAUCUGCUUCACUCCUGCGAUAGGGGGUAUGGUUAUUGUCGGACAGAUGUUACAAGAGUUUGGUGUAUGUAGACGGCUGGAUACGACUGGACACGGAGGCUUUUAG